AUGCUUCGGCUGAUCGCAGUCUUCGCGCCUGUGCUGGCGAUGAAGACCAACACUUCCUCCGUGCAGAGGACCGCUCCUUUCGAUGCGCUCGAAGGAGCCAACGUCACGGGCAAGGACGCCAAGGCUCUGGAAGACGUCAUCCUGAAGAAUGCGCAGCACGACCUCCAGCAGGCAGCAGAGGUGCCAGAGGCGAAGACCCAGGACUCCAACAAGAACGAGACCAAAGGCCAGGGCCAGGGCGGCGAUGACACGCACAGCACCAAAGACGGCCUGGCCGAGAACCUGGAGUUCUUCUUUCUCAAGGUGGCCCAACUCGAGCCCUGGCAGCACUCAGAGACAGCGGUCGAGCUCCAGCAGCUUGAGCUUCGAAGCUGCCACGACAAGAUCGGCAAGUUGGAAGCCCUCCUGGAGUUGGAGACGACCAAGUUGUCCUUGCUGCAGCUGCAGCAGAGGGAGGAGCAAAGGACCCAGCGGGCGCAGACGAUCUUUCAGAAAGUCGUGGAGAAGCACCAUGAGCAGCGAACAAAAAAGGUCUUCGUCACGCCAGUGAAGACAAUGGAGGGCCUGGAGACCCUGGAGCCCCGCAAGCUUCAUGCCCAGAAGAGUAGCUUCUUGAGGGAGCGCCAAAGGCAGUCCGAGGCAAGUGGGCAGAACCACACCAGAAAAUGGUUCCAUCACUUUGCGAAUACCGUCACUUCGGCUGUUGGCAAGCUCAAGUCAGGCGGCGAGCUGGUCGGGGAGGCUCUUGGUGAUGCCUACGAGGCAUCCACGGACCAAAUCUCUUUCGUGGCCAACACCGUCAUCGAUACCGUCGAGAAAGCUAUGGACAUCCUCAAUCGUGGCUUCACAUCAUGGAGCGCAAAUUGUAUUUAUUAUUGGCCGGAUGUCAAGGUGAGCACGAACGACAUCCACAUUGAUUUUCCGGGAUCUUAUUGCCAUCUAACUUUGAUGGGCCAGAAGAUCAAUCUCCAGAACACUGAUUGGCAGUCUUUUUCAAAGUACGCCGCUCCAUCUACCGGCGUGUUUCCACAGGCUUUGAGCUCUGUGGCCACCUUGGGGAGUCAGCUCACGGACUGCCUAGAAACACAGCCCAGGCACUUGAGUGCGGGACUCAAAAUGGUCAGGUGCCUUGCCGGGCAAAUCGUAAGCAGAAUGCCCUGGGAUGGCGUAGAGGAGCUUCACGGAUACCUCAUGCAGCGUUCCGGGCCCUUGCAGUCUGUGGUCACCAUGGGGAGUCAGCUCACGAGCUGCAGCACACAGACGGGGCCCGGCAUAGUUGAGUGCCUUGCGGAAAAGAUCGUCAACGCCCUGCCCUUGGAUUCCCUCAUUGACCGUUCCGGACCCCUGAGGUGCCUUGCCGGGCAAAUCGUAACCAGAAUGCCCUGGGGUAGCGUAGAUGAGCUUCACGGAAACCUCUUGCAGCGUUCCGGGCCCUUGCAGUCUGUGAUCGUAAGCAGAAUGCCCUGGGAUAGCGUGGAUGAGCUUCACGGAUACCUCAUGCAGCGUUCCGGGCCCUUGCAGUCUGUGGUCACCUUGGGGAGUCAGCUCACGGACUGUCUAGAAACACAGCCCGAGCACUUGAGUGCGGGACUCAAAAUGGUCAGGUGCCUUGCCGGGCAGAUGGUAACCAGAAUGCCCUGGGGUAGCGUAGAUGAGCUUCACGGAAACCUCUUGCAGCGUUCCGGGCCCUUGCAGUCUGUGGUCACCUUGGGGAGUCAGCUAACGAGUUGCAGCACACAGACGGGGCCCGGCACAAUUUGGUGCCUUGCCGGGCAAAUCGUAAGCAGAAUGCCCUGGGAUAGCGUGGGCCUUGUGGGGUGCCUGGGCAACAGGAUCAUCCAGUACGUGCCCCCUCUGAGCCACCUGCACCGCAUGAACGAGAUGCUCGCUGAAUUGCUGGAGGGUUUUGCGAAGAUGGCGGCAACUGUGGCGGGCCAGGUCUUAAGGGGCGGAUCAUCUCUGAUCCAACAGGCUGUCAAGUCGCCGUUCCCAGCCGCCGGGGCUCCCCCCCGGGUUCAUCACUCCGGCCAGAACCUCCUCAUCAAAACCCACGCACAAGAACACAAGCAGACUCUGUCGGCUCUGCACCAGACAGAGUCUCAGGAGGAGGACGCCGGCUUCGACUUCAAAAUCCACAAAGACGCGGGCAACUACCAGUCCAGGCUGGUUAGCCAGUUCAACGGCUACGAGAAAGACACGAGCUCCUGCCUGGCCUUCGCGCCCAAGGCAAAGCAUGGACAAGGUGGCCAGGCCACCGAAGCAGACUGGCAGGUCCAAAAUGAGGAUGACUUCGUGGCCCUGGAACCGUGGGCAGUUCCAUGUGGAAACCAGUGGAUGAAGAAGAACUGGGACAAAUGGCAAGGCUACUCCUUCUACACAAGCGAGCUGUCUAUUGAGAAGUGCGUGACCGUGACUUACGCUCUCACUUUGCAGCCUGUUCUGGCCUUUGUGGGCGGUGUGCAAUUCGAUCUAAUGCCCAAGCCCCUGGCAGAAGUGGACACGACCGUCUGCUGGCCGACAGGCCGACCGGACGGCCAGGACUUGAGCGUCUUGCGCACGGAGAUCAAGACCAGCGGCCUCCUCCUCUUCCGCAGGUCCCUGCGUCUCAGCAAACGCUUCGGUGAGCCCACCGACUUUGUCGACAGCCACGUGACCAAGAGCACUGCUACCUGGAACCAUGGCGCGAACCCUCGGGCAGCCAUUUCCAGGACGAAGCUACUGCAGACGAGCGAAAGCAGCAGCCAGAACGGAACUCAGGAGAAGGAGUUCCGCACGGCUCAGGAAGGCCAAAGCGCCGAAUGGAUGGAGGAGGAGGACCUGUACUUGGCUUCCGCGAACUACUCCAGGGAUCUGGGAGUCAACCUGACCACGGAAAUGCGCGGGAUGAAUGCAGAAAGGCGUCUGAGCCUGGCCGAAGCCUUGUCCCAGGGAGUCUUCCAGCUCUUCCUUUUUGAGCACCCCGGGAUGGUGAACUUCAAGCUUCAGGCUCUCUUGGAGGGGAACGACUUCGAGUUACGCACGCAGAUGGGUUUCGGCCCUUUCGCUUCCGGGGAGACGCAGUUUAAAUUGGUGAACAUCGCGGACCAGUUCGAGGUGGUGCUGCACGCACUCCCCUUCGUGUCCUCCGACAGCAGAAACAAGGCCCUCGAGUCUUUGAGGAACUUUGCGAGCGACCAGCCACCGCCAACACCUGUCGUGCUGCGGCCUGAAUCGAUCUAG